UUCGAUCUUUCAAGAUCGAUAAUCGACCCUUCGAAUAUGUUUGUCACGAUCUGAUCGUGACAUCCGGUAGGCCUGAUCACCUAGAUCGUAAUCAAAAUACUUGACCAUGGUGGCCGAAUUGACUGACAUUCCCGUCGCAAACGCAGAACGGAAGAGAUUAACAGCGGAGCAGUUUAUAUCUUCUAUCAAGCAAAAAAAUAGACCGAAGUGGAUUCAGACAGCUACUCGCGAACCGACCUACAGCGUUCUAGAUACCAACGAUAGAUCAAUCGAUAACAAUAUACUAUUUGGUCAGAAAAGUAACGUAGUCGUGAUAAGCGCUGUGAAAAGUGAUAAAACGAGUAGAAACGAUUUGAAAAUAGCUCGAAUCGAACAGAGAGAGAAUGUUUGGCUGCCGACAGUGAAUAAAGUAACAUAUGAAAACUCGACGAUUCUCGAGGCAGAAGAUGAGGAUCCUCUUUAUAGCGUGGUAAAGAAACCCAAGAAGGUUCAGUUACCCGAUACAGGUUUUCUCGAGAGUAAACUUCAACCCAUCGAAGAACAAUCAUCGGGAGAGAGACAAAUACAGAUCUGUUCGCGACAAGAGGAGCUUCGACGGUGGUUACAGGUUGCAUCGACACGAUUACCGGAACCACCACGACUUUUCAGUUUCAAAGAAAUGUAUACGAACCACUUGGGGAAGUUUGACCAGGUGGAAGAUUGGAAGGGAGCCGUGGCCGUGCCUCGAGGGAUCGUCGGUCUGGUAGGACCUUAUCGAGUUUAUCAAAAUCCGAACGAAAGAAGAGAGUACAUGCUUCAGGAGGAGGAGUUGGUCGAAGAAGUGGUCGAUUCUGUCAGUGAAAUCGCCGCGAGUGGGAAUAGCGGGGUCACUGAACAUCACCAACGAGCGAAAUGGCGAAUAAGAGAGGACGACGAGGAAACUCUGGUGCCUGAUAUUCGAAAUAUCCCUGGUCUCGAAGAAUUUGUUGUAGAGACGGAAGAAAGCAAGGAAUUGCCCGAUUGGAAGAAAGUGGACGAUCAAAUUAUUAUUGAUUAUAGUAAGAACAACGAGGAGUUCAAGUCGAAGGAGGAUGAAUUCAAGGAAAGUAUCGAUGAGAUUGUAUCUGGCAAAAAGGAACGGGCUGUGGACAUUCCGGAAGAAGCUUCAACUGUUUCUACCACUUUGGUAAAGGAUAAAAAAGUUAGCAAUGAACAACACGAUAAAGAUAGCUUAAACGAGACAGGAAGUACAACAGGUGGCACCGUGGAGGGUGCACCUGGCGGUGUCCCCAAUAGGGGUGAAAGGAAUACUGAGACAGAGGCAGCAAUUGCAGAAGGAACGAGAUCUGCUCCGUCCAAGUCUCUAGUCUCCAGAAUCCUUUCUAGGACACACUCUUCGAACGAUUUAUUGGAUCACUCUGAACCUUUUUCUCAGUUAUGGAUCAUCCUCUCGAAUGUUUAUGGCCAGCUUCUCGUAGUACUGAUGAUUGCUCUAUGCCUAGCCGAAGUCAUGGACACACCUGUACCUUUGCUCAGUUUACAGGGCAUAUUUUUGAUGUACUUAUAUGUAGGAAGCAUAGCAGUGAUUAUCAGCAUCUAUAUUUGGGUAUUGGUAGACAGUUGUGGAAGCCUCGGUACCGGUGCAAAUGGUGUUGACGAUGCGGAACUCGGUGGUACAUCCUUAACCAGGUUCGGAUCUUUGAAACGUGCUCACAUCUCGCGAUCUAGAACAGCUUCAACAAGUUUUUACAUUCGAGUUGGAGCGCUCCUUUUCGGUUUGGCGACUCUUGUUUUCAAUGGUUUAGAAAUGGCGAUGCAUUCCAUGAUGCAAGGCACAGAAUGCUUGAGCGAUGUUGUCUUCGUACAUCCGGUACUUCAUGGAUUAUUUACAUUUCUCCAAAUGCAUUUUCUUUUUGUGAAUUCGCAAGUUCUUGUAGAAAGAUUCGGUUUGAUAGCGAGAUUCGGAUUCAUCCAUUUGGCUGCUACAAAUAUUGCUGUUUGGUUUCGAUUAGUUAUUUGGGAUUCUGCUCAAGAAUGGACUUAUUUCGUUCAUUUGGCACAACGCGGUUUGCACAAUUCAGCUUCCCCACUGAAUCUUCGAGGAUUUCCAGAAUCUUUGAUAAGGCAUACUCGAGAUUUGAUAAAUCAUUCUCCAGUAGAAAAACAAAUUUUUCAACCAUAUCAACCUAUCUCGGAUGAACAAAUUUCACAAGUAAUUGCUUUACAAGAGUGUUUGAAUACCAAUACUCUUGGACAAUUGUGGACAUCGAGUAUGCCAUUUCUUUAUCCGUUUAUUGUACAAUUUAGUUUAAUUGCUGCUGCAGUAACUUUUGUAAUGGGUCAAAACGUCGGUCGGAAUCGAUUAUUACACAAGCAAAAGUUUCAUGGCAGCAAAGAUUUGACAAGUCACACCAAAGUUGGAUGCGAUGGCUCGAGCAAAGGAUUAUUCUUAGGCAUAUUAUGCAUGGUCGCGGGCAUAGUAGUAAUAUUGAUAUUCCUUGUCGUAAGAGAAGAUCAACAUUUUCCAUCAUCAACUUUAUCCUGGCUAACAUGCGGUACUCUAACUAGCAUUUUAACAUUGAGUACCUUAAUGACAGCUAGUGGACUUAUUCAAGUUCGUCAAAUGUCUGUUGUUAUUAGAGCACCAGCCAUCUUAGAUAGUUUAUUAUCAAACGUGGCUCUUUUUGGAGUUCAGUUAUACUCUAUUUUCACGAUUGUAGUUUCUGCCUGUUCCUUAGCUAUUCUAGAGAAUGAAAGCAAUGAAACACGCGGAAGGCAUAUUAUGCUACUUACGGCAUCGAUUUUACAAUUAAUCCAAUGUUUCGCUCAAAGUACAUUGAUCGCUGAAGCAUCUAAGAGAUCUUGUAUAACUCGUUUCCAAAUAAUAGCGAAACCAGCCAGACAAGUGAUCACAUUUCUAUUAUUCAGUAAUUCUGUACUGUGGGCUUUCGAUACUGUAGUUACACAGAAUUGGAUUUCACAAGAAUUGCAAUUGAGAUUUUUUGGAGUACUCGCCUGGGGCGUCAUAUCCAGGAUCGGGUUGCCUUUGUUAAUUUUUUAUCGAUUCCAUAGCUGUGUACUGCUAUUAGAGGCGUGGAAUAAAUGUUAUAGAAUGCCAAGAGGAGAGCAUCCGCUCAACUGACGACACAGAAUGCUACUAUGUUCCUCGAGAUUACAGCCAAGAUCGCAUGACUCUUAUUGUCGCAAAAAUGUGACCAUUAAUUUACGACAGGAUAACGAAUGGUCCACCACGAUUCAGAGAACUCCAAAGAAAAUAUUUAAUCCGAAUUCAUGGAUGACGAAUUCGAUGAGUUUCGUUCCUUUCGUCGACAAUCGGCUCUAUUUUGAUCCAAACUCUUUAUCUUGUAUCGCGACAUCUACUGUAGAUCCGCAAUAUUCAGAAGAUGUUAUAAGAUCGUCUAAUAUAAUGCAACGUCACCAUCAUCAUCAUCAUCAUCGUCGCCGUCAUCAUCAUCAUCAUAGAAAGCAUAGACGCGUGGUCAGUGAUCCGGGUACAAGAAAUUGGAACGUCGCUAAUCAAGAUGUCAAACGACAUCGUAGGAUGUUCAGCUACGAUACGGGUAUUACUGGUCUGAGAUUGAUAGAAGAGGCAUCAAUAGCUGAGAUCGAUAAGGAAAUUCCAUCCCCUGAUGAGACGAAAAUAUCGACUUUCAGGAAAGUGCCAUGGCAUUCGAACUUGCACAUGCUCAAAAUCAGAAGAACCUAGCACGAUAAAAUGACUUAUAUAUGUUGUACGUGGGACAUUAGAAUGAUAUAAAAGGAAAACGAGUUUUAUCAAAAGUUUCAAAUAAGUUGAUUGAUCGUCUCGUUAUUUUCCUUUUAUCCUUGUUUUUCGAAGGAUUGUAAUGACGAGGCAUUAUUUAUUCUAUUACAGGUAGUUGCACUUUUGGCGUCUUUAAGGUCAUAAUAUCAUUUUAUUUCAUUUUUAUUUAAUAUCAUUCCGCUUGAUAUUAAAAUUUCAGUGAAAAAUGACUAGUUUAAUAGUUUAAAAAAAUAUAAAAGAUUAAUAAAAGAUUAAUACUUUAAUUUUGCUUAAAUAUCUAGUUUAAAUAGAAAAAUAACGUUGUUGAAGUCACUAAUCUACGUUUAUGAACAUAUGAUUUCAAUUUAAUAAAUAGAAUAUUUUAUUUCUCGUGAAUGAAUAAUGAAUAAUGUAUAAAAUGUGUCAUAGUAUCUAUAUAAGUAGAUAUUUAUUUUUAUAAAUGAACUAAUGUAUUUAAAUAUAUCGAUCAUUCGAUAUUCAAGGAAAGUAUGUAGAUUAAAAUAAUUGGAAAUGAUCAAAAAAUUAUAAUUCAAAUUAUAAAGAAAAUUAUCUUAGAGACGCUAAAUCUUAAACUUCCUAAUAUAAUUAUAGAAAUAUCAAAGCGAGUAAAAAUUAUCCCUAAGAAAUACAGUACCUUUUCAUUUUACGUGCAAUAUUAUCGUUAUAAGAAUUUAUGUGUAAGAAUUUAUUUAUUGUGCAAGUCAUGUGAAUACUAUUAUACUUACUAUUAGCCAUUGA